AUGGUUGAAGUUGGCGGAACAAGCAGUGGAAAAUCUCCCAAAGCAGAGAACUUUCAAGACAGCAACCCGUGGUUUGGGAAUGGUCUGGAAGCCACUGGAGUGAGCUCUGGUAGCAAACCGUGCCAGAGGAAGCUUGAAGAGAUUGAUGAUGAAGAGUUUGAAAUUCCUCCAAUGUUUGAUGAUACAAGCUAUGAUGCUGCUGAGAUACCUGACCUGGAUGUGGAUGAUGAUGAUGGAAGAAUAUAUGUUGGGAAAGUAUUUGGCAGCAAAGAGGAUUGUCAGAUAGCGUUAGCCAUUUAUGCUAUUAAACAUCAGUUCCAUUUCAAACAGACAAGAACGAAGGUGGACUCGUUUGUUGUGGAAUGUCCAAAUAAACAUUGUGAUUGGCGUGUGACAACACAUGAGGUGAGGGGCUGUGGGUAUUAUGUAAUUCGGAAGGCUCAAAUUGAUCAUAUGUGUCCUUAUGAGUCAAGGAUGGGAUACAAAAGCAAAGCCACAUCCCGUGUGAUUGCUGCUGUCUACAGGUCCAAGUUUGGUGAACCGGGGAAAGGUCCAGUGCCUCGCGAGUUGCAGAAGCUUGUUCUGGAGGAUCUUCGCAUUACUGCAUCUUAUAUGAAGUGCUACAGAGCUAAAGAGAAAGCUGUUAUUGCUAGCAAAUCCCGGGACUGUGAUGACAUUGAGACAGAGGCAGAUGAUGAUGGUGAUGAGCGUUUUUUGUAUUUGUUCCUAGCCUUUGGGGCGUCUAUAGCUGGGUUUAAGAAGCUGAGGCAUGUGCUUGUGAUUGAUGGAACGCAUUUAGGAGGUAAAUAUAAAGGGGUGUUGCUGACAGCUAGUGGGCAGGAUGCUAAUUUCCAGAUCUUCCCGCUGGCUUUUGGAGUUGUGGAUGCAGAGAACGAUGAAGCGUGGACAUGGUUCCUGCAAAAAGUUGAACGCAUCUUAGCUGACUCCCCGCAGCUGACUGUUGUAUCUAAUUGUGCUUCAAGUAUUGCGACAGCUGUGGCACGAGUUUAUCCUAUGGCUCACCACGGGGCGUGCAUCGUGCAUCUGGACCGUAAUGUGAACUCUCGCUAUUCAAGCAAAGGACUAGCAAAACUGGUAACUGAGCAGCAAUGGCACAUAGGCCUCGGGAGUACAAAGAGCUAUACAACAAGAUCAGAGCUACGAGUAGUGCCUGUAGAGUUUAUUUGGGGAAUAUAG